AUGGCACGCCAGAACUUCCUUGGACUGGUGGUUUCCCAGGGUAAGAUGCAGAAGACGGUGAAGGUUCGUGUGGAAAGAAAAGUUUUCAAUAAGAGGAUCAAUAAGGAGCUUUUCCACAGAAAGGACUAUUUAGUGCACGAUGAAGGUGAAGUAUCGCGUGAAGGAGAUCUGGUACGUAUUGAAGCUACAAGGCCACUUUCGAAGCGAAAGUUUUUUAGUAUCGCUGAGAUCAUAAAAAACAAGGGUCAACAAUUCGCGCUAUUCGAGUCGCAAGCCAAGGUUAAUGUCGCCAAGGAAGAAGCGAAGAAGACAGGCGAGUUUUUGAAAAGACGUCAAAUGUUAGAGAAUGAUAAAAGUGUUUUGUUGGAGGAUAUACGCCAAAUUCAAGAUACGCUUGCAAGAGGGGAGAGUCCGGAGACGCUUGCGGAGAUAAAGGCUAGAUACGGAAUUGAGAGCUUUACUCCUGAGACUGUGAAGGAGUUACUACAGUUGAAUGUGUUAGCGCUAGAGCAAGAAGUGUUGAAACAGAGAUCCAAGAUAGUUACUGUUCAAGCACGUGUACAGGAACUUCUAGAAGACGAAGAAGCCUCAAACAAGUUUCUAGAAGGUAAUGGGGUAGAAGAUCCAGCUUCAUUAAAAAGCAACAUUAGAAAGAAUCUAUUGAGGAAGUACGUCAUGCAACAAGAAUUGUAA